AUGGAUAAUGCCAUGUCCAACACCAACAGCAAAAUAUGGUUAUUUUGGAAUAAAGACUGUGUGUGUAAUCUUUUGGAUCAGGAUGAACAGCAGCUUACCUGUAAGAUCAGUCAUGCAGCUUGGCCUAAACAAUAUCUCACAACCUUUGUAUAUGCCAAAUGCAAAGACUACAUGAGAAGAGAUCUAUGGGACAAGAUGCUGCAAUUCUCUGAUAGAGAAGAACCUUGGUGCACCAUUGGAGAUUUCAAUGUAAUUACUCAUGUUGAAGAGAAGAUGGGGGGCCAACCUUACAACAUGAACAAGAGCUUUGAGUUCAUUAGUGUCAUAGAAGCCUGUGGACUCACUGAUCUUGGUUUUCAUGGACAACAAUUCACAUGGUGCAACAAGAGAGAUGCAGAUGCCAGAAUAUGGAAGAGACUUGACAGGGCCAUGGUCAAUGAUGCUUGGUUAGAGGCCAUGCCUGUGAGCACUCUUAAUCAUCUGGCCUCCACAGGUUCUGAUCACUGUCCUCUCCUUUUGGAAUGUACUGAAAGACAAAGUCCUACCAUCAAAUAUUUCAAGUUCUUACACUGUUGGGCUGAAAAUGAAAACUUCAUUGAUACUGUAAGAUCUUGCUGGGAAAGACCUGUGGAUGGAAAUCCAAUGAGGACUUUCCAUCAAAAACUGAAAAGAGUUUCUAAUACCCUUAGCCACUGGUCUAGAAAGCAAUAUGGUGAUAUAUUUGCUUCAGUUAAAGAAUUUGAGGAACAGGUUAUACAAGCUGAAGAGAAUAUCAUCAAUGACAAUUCUAAAGAUAAUAGAGCCAAAUUGAAUCAGAUAAAUGCCCAAGGGAGAAGAAGAAGGUUGUUCAUCCAUCAAAUCAGUGAUGAACAAGGAAACUCUAUCCAGGGUGAUGACAAUAUUGCUAGUGCAGCCUGUGCACACUUUGAGAAACUUUUUACUGCUGAGGAGAAACAAAUCAAUGAAGAUGUGAUUAAAUGCAUCCCAAGGAUAGUUACUGAUCAGCAGAAUGAAUUAUUACAUUCCAUACCUACAAAGGAGGAGCUAAAGGAGGUAGUAUUUUCUAUGAGUCCUACUUCUGCUGCAGGGCCAGAUGGCAUGAGUGGUAAGUUCUUUCACUCAUGCUGGGAUAUCAUUUGUGAUGAUCUACUGAAGCUGGUGCAGCACUUCUUCAAUGGUCACUGUAUUCCCAAGUACAUAUCACAUGCUUGUUUGGUUCUACUUCCUAAAACUGAACACCCCAACAAACUGUCAGAGUACAGGCCCAUCUCCCUCAGCAACUUCACUAGCAAGAUCAUAUCCAAGCUCCUCUGUCUCAGACUUGCUCCUAUUCUACCUCAGCUCAUUUCUGACAAUCAGUCAGGAUUUGUUAAAGGAGCAGAAGUGUUAUCCAGGAUGCUGAAUAAUCUUAACCAACACUACCUAUAUACUGGAUUCCAUAUGGAAAGAAAGGGUCCACAAGUGAACCACUUGAGCUUUGCAGAUGAUGUGAUCAUCUUCACUGCUACAAACAACUUUUCCAUGACUCUUAUUACCAAGACUUUGAAGGUUUAUGAAACAACUUCAGGCCAGCUAAUCAACAAGGACAAGAGCCAGUUCAUGCUUCCUCUUAAUACCAAUCCUGAUAUUAUUGAUAGGAUAGGCAGGAUCACAGGCUUCAAGUGCACACAUGGUCCCAUUACUUACCUGGGCUGUCCACUUUACAUUGGACGACAGAGAAUCAUAUACUAUACAGGUAUGGUGUCCAAAGUUAUAAGCAAAAUUAGAGGCUGGCAGAAUAAAAUACUGAGCUUUGGAGGCAGAGCAACUUUGGUGAAAUCAGUGCUGCAAUCUUUACCAAUCUACUUGUUAUCUGCGAUCAGACCUACUGCUACAACUAUCAAUCAGAUUAAAAGCCUCAUAGCUAACUUUUUCUGGGGCUUCUGGUGGGAUGAUUGGCUGGGUAUUGGCCCCCUAGCUUAUCAUAACAACCAUCUACCUAGACUCAACAAUAGUAGAGUAUCUGAUUACAUGGAGAAUGGGGAGUGGAAUGUGCAAAAAAUCAGAAAAUACGCCCCUCCUCAACUGGUGCAGCAGAUACUAAGUACUGAGGUAGACCAUCAUUCUAACACAGAUGAUCAAGCUUGCUGGAAGUUGACUUCACAUGGUAACUUCACUUCUAAAUCAGCUUGGGAAAUAGUUAGGAAGAAAAGAGCCAAGACCCUGAUUGAUAGAUGCACUUGGCAUGCUAACAUUCCCUUCAAAGCAUCUUUCUUACUAUGGAGAGCUGUGAGACAGAAACUCCCUACUAAUGAUAAAAUUGUCCAGUUUGGAGCAGCACCAGCACUCAUGGGGAAUAAUCCAAGGGACCUGCUCACUGAGAAGCAUACUGAUGAAGUGGUGGACUGCCAAGUCCAGUAUCAUGCAACUUUGAGCCAUGGGGUGGAGUUGCAGCAGCUGAGCAACAACACAUGGAGCAACUACAGUACAUCAACAGCAGGUGGAGGCUCAUUCAACUCUAGGAGUUCCCUUCUUGUUGGUUUUAAUUUUGCAGGAACAAUGUUUAAGGACCAACAACCCACUAUAGACCUGCAUCAACUAAACAACAUCAAUUGCAAAAGCUCCAUUACAUCAGCAGAAGUGAAUGUCACUAAUCAUCAGCAGCAGCAACCUAACAUCAACAACAUAAGUCAGAGGAAACCUCCAACACUAAACAAGUACAUCAGGCAACACCAAGAGAACCCCAAAUUGGGCAAGAUUACAGCAAAUACACCUCCUGCUUGGUUCUAUGCAUUUGCAGAUAGCUGGAGGUUCAAUACACAAUUGAAAUCUCCAAGAACAAGGUCUACAGCAGGGCAUGUUAGGACCUCUCUUCAGCCUCCCAUUCAAGCCAACUUCUUCCCUGCAACACCUGUAACUAAGCUACAGCAGAGAAUGGAGCAAGCUUGGUUCUAUGCAUUUGCAGAUAGCUGGAGGUUCAAUACACAAUUGAAAUCUCCAAGAACAAGGUCUACAGCAGGGCAUGUUAGGACCUCUCUUCAGCCUCCCAUUCAAGCCAACUUCUUCCCUGCAACACCUGUAACUAAGCUACAGCAGAGAAUGAAGUGCAGGGUACAACAACUGAUGGGAAACCCUGGCAGAUGA